AUGCAGAGAGAGGGAAGACGUGGGGAAGUAACAGCGGCCUUUGCGGUGCCUCACAGGCCGUUUGGAGAGGGAUCAAAUAGAGAAGUAGCAGCGAGCUUUGCGGCACCUCGGAGGCCGUUUGGAGAGGGAUCAAGUAGGGCUGUGACAGAAUCAAUAGACGAUGCAGGUGCAGGAUCAGGGGCCAUGGGGAGGGAUUCAUCUGCACUGGAGAGGGGGGGAGAGGAGGAGGAGAAGGAGGAGGAGGAGGAGGAGGAGGAGGAGGAGGAGGAGGAGAAGGAGGAGGAGGAGGAGGAGGAGGAGGAGGAGGAGGAGGAGGAGGAGGAGGAGGAGGCGGAGGCGGAGGAGGAGGAGAAGCAUUACUACUUAGCUGCCCCUUCCUCCUCCUCCGCCCCUUCCACCUCUGCCAAUUCCGCCUCUGUCUCUGCCCUCCCAUCCACCUUUGUUGAUAUCUCAGUCCCUGAAGCUGCACUCACCAGUGGCGUUCAUAUCCAUGCCACUCUCCCCACUCACACCUCAGAAUGCAACCCAGUGUUUAUUGGUCCCACCCUGAAUUGCCACUCAGUCCUACUGGCGGAGAUGCCUAGUGCGAUGAUAACUGGACUGGGGAUUUUGGGAUUGGACCCACUGGGAGCAGAUCUGGCCGGGUUUGAGGAGAUGAAUUUUGAGGAGAUGGAAUUUGAGGGUUUGGCAGAUGGUGAGGGGGAGUGGAGCUCUUUACUUGCAGAGCAGUUUGCACAGCAGCUGGGGGCAAUUGACGAAACCGAUGGGGCUGGGGGGAGUGGGGUUGGUGCUGCAAAAAGCAAGGAGUGGGUGGAAGGCAAGGAGGGAGUGGAAGGCAAGGAGGGAGUGGAAGAACGGGAGAUGCUUUCAGAUGAAGAAAGCAGUGGAAGCAGAGAGACUUCAGAUGGGGAACGGGCAAUGGAGGAAGGCGGAGCAAUGGAGGAGAAAGAGGGUGCGAUGGAGACAUGGACGGGAAUAGACGAGCGUUUGACGAUGGAAAUGGGGCCGCCUGAUCGAUACUUCCAGCUGCCCAGCGACAAGGAUGUUCCUCACCGAAGCAGUAAGCAAAUCCUGAAAACUGAAGGGAUGGAGAGACAGCAAGGAGGCUGGACAGUGUCUGAGGGUGAGAACAAUCCUGGUAACUACAUGAUGGCAAUUCAGCCAAGACAACAGGCGGUGCCAUCUCAAGUAGGGAUGGAGGGGCAGGAAGGUGGCUGCACAACAUCUGAGGGUGAAAACGGCCGUGGUAACUACAUGAUGGCAAUGCAGGCAAGCCACCAGGCGGUGCCGUUCCAAGCUGCCCAGACUGCCCAGACUGCCCAGACUGCACCAUCUGAUCCAUCAUCCUCCCAAUGGCACCAGCCAGGUCAACGGGGAGAAUGGGGCGAGCAGGGUCAAGCGGUCCGAGGGGCAGGUGUGGCGGUGGGUGUGGCAGCAGCAGGACCAUCCGGCCAUCUAGGCGUGGAGCAGAUGCGUACUCCAGUAGAAACCUCAGCACUGGCAGCGGGGCUGCACGCAGUGACAGGGGAGGAAGCAUUGGCAAGGCAGCAAGCAUUGGCUAAGCCGCAAUCAGCAGGGCUGCCAGUCCCAAGCGAGCCACGAGCCGCUUCAUGGGGUUUCAGUGUAGAAGUGUCCGAGGGACUUAUGGCGCCUGGUGGGGAUAGUUUUCUGCAAGAAGCGAAGGAGGAGGUGGAGGUACCCUGCAUGACAGGUUCAGCUUCAAGCUUGCCUUCAAGUUGGCAUGCUGAAACGAUGCAGUAUGCGCAUGCCAUGAUGCCUCCUUUUGGGCCGUUUCAAGGGCAUGAUCCCAGCGCGCAGAUCAUCAGCGCGUGGCAUAAUCCCAGCGCGCGGUGUGCUUUUACCAUGACCCGCAGAUCAUCAAUUGUUGUGAUUCCGCACGUACGUCAACAUCACGAGAGCCACCAGCAGCAGCAGCAGCAGCAGCAGCAGCAGCAGCAGCAGCAGCAGCAGCAGCAGCAGCAGCAGCAGCAGCAGCAGCAGCAGCAGCAGCAGCAGCAGCAGCAGCAGCAGCAUCAUCACCAGAACCCGCAGCAGCAGCAGCAGCAGCAGCAGCAGCAGCAGCAGCAGCAGCAGCAGCAGCAGCAGCAGCAGCAGCAGCAGCAGCAGCAGCAGCAGCAGCAGCAGCAGCAGCAGCAGCAGCAGCAGCAGCAGCAGCAGCAGCAGCAGCAGCAGCAGCAGCAGCAUCACCAGAACCCGCAGCAGCAGUGGCAGCAGCAGCAGCAGCUGGGACAGGAACAACAGCAGGGACAGCAGCAUGAGCAGCACCAUCGGGAGCAACAGCAGCUGCAUGCAUCUAGCUUCCCAAGACGCAACUCUCUCAAUCUCAGCACUGGCACUGCUGCAGCUGCCAAUGUGGGUAGUAGGAAUGGCUUGGAUACCCCAGUAAAUGUCUCUGCCGGUGUGGCUGACAAUGUGGGGAGUGGGAAUGGGGUGGAUAUUGCCGUGACGCCUACUGCCUGUGUUGCUGGUGACGCUGAUGGUGCUAAACCUGUUAUUGAUGUGGAUGGUAUGGCUGGUGUGGCUGGUGUUGCUGGUGUUUCUGGUGCUGCUAUUGUUGCUGGUCUUUCUGGUAUUGCUGUUGCGCCUGGGAUGGCUGGGCUGACAUCCUCUCCAGACUGCUCUCCCAAACCAAUCUCGACCAUCCCUCUGCGCAGGGUGAGGCGAUCCCAGUCCCAUGACCAGGAACCAAUGGGAGCUGGACAGCUGGCCACACAGAGACGUGAGGUGUUGAUGCCUUGGAGCAUCAUGCCUCUAAGGAAAUCAAUGGCUACGAGACUGGCGGUGCUGGCAGCAGUGAAGGAGAUGUUGUAA